AUGGUAAAAAAAUUCAAUCUAAAACAAUCGUCUUGUUAUUGUCGCCAGCAAAGAAGGACACAUGAAAGUAAUUACACUUCCGAGUAUCCGCAUCUAUAA